AUGUUAAACAAUAAUAAUAAUAAUAAUAAUAAUAAUAAUACGACAGAUCCAAAUACAUUGUUUACUGAUAUUGCAAGAUAUCGUAUGGGUAAUGAAUUGAGAAUAAGAGGUAGAUCAUAUUCAAAAAGAAAUAAUAAUAAUAACAAUAGUAAUAAUAAUAAUAAUAAUACGACCAAUAAUAGAAUCAACAACAAUGAUGAUCAUUUCGAUAGAGUAAAAGAUCAAUUAGUUUCAACUAUAUCAUUAGACUAUGUAAUACCUAGAAUACAGAAGGAUAAAUGUGCAUAUUGGUUAUCUUGGUCUCCCGAUAGUGCUUAUUUAGCGUUAGCAACUAAUGAUUCGGUCGAUAUAUUUGAUAGUAGUUCAGGUGAAUUAUUGUAUUGUUUAAAGCAUCAUACACAGGUGAUAUCGAUUGUGGAAUGGUUCCAUACGCCAUACUAUAAUAACAAGGAUCUACCAGAGCACGAAUCACUACCAUCAUACACUGGCAGAUUACCUCGAAAAUCAAGAUCAUCAUCCUCUCUUACAAGUCCCUACAACUCUUUUGUUACUUGUUCACUCGAUAAUACCAUCAAUGUCUAUAGAAACUUUAAACUUGUACAAACACUAACUCACCAUCAAGAUUGGUUAAAAUCAUUGGUAUUAUCACACGACGAUCAAUUAAUGUUGAGUGGAUGUGCAAGUAGUAAUAUUUGUGCAUAUGAUAUUCACGCUUCAAAGAUUCUUUUUGAUUUGGAAAAGGCACAUCCUCAUGAAGGAAGUGAGCUCAAUACUAUAAACACUCUAAAAUUCAAGCAUUCUGAUAGCAAUGUUUUCUUUUCUGGAGCUCGCUAUGGCACUGUGAGAGCAUGGGAUAUUCGUCAACCGCUCAAACCAAUCUUUAACAUUCAGGCACACAACAAACUCAAUUCUUUUCAUUUCACAAGAGACGAUCUAUAUCUCUUAACUGGUGGUCGUGAUGAUUGUCUCAGACUAUGGGAUCUUAGAAAUAUCUUUUCAGACAAUGAAUAUAAAACUCUACUCUCUACAGAAUCUAGUCAACUUUCAAAAAGAGGAAUAGUUCAAGAAUAUAAAGGUCAUAAAUGCUCUGGUUACAAUAUUGGAUCUGCAUUUAUUAAUAAUGAUCGACAAAUUGUUUCAGGGUCAGAGGAUAACUAUGUCUAUAUUUAUGAUACGCAGAGUGCAAAGUUAUUAAAGCGAAAUCUUAGUCACAAAUAUGCUGUUCAUUUGGUAUCAGCAUCACCGAUUAAAGAUGAUCUAAGAGUGGCUACUGCCGCUAUCGACUGUACCAGCAUUCAUGUAUACAGUCCACAACCAAAAGAGGAGCAAGAACCAACUCCAUCGAUCAGUUCCAAAUUUUUAGGAGCCCAAAAACCAACAGAUAAAGAAGUAUCUCAUAGAAUCAGUGUGAUCGAUUACGUCAAAAGAAUAUCACUCGAGAAAUUAAUGUUAAAAUAUGGUGAUGAAUUAUUUAAAUAUUAUCAUAAACAAGUUAAUCCUCAACAAAUUGAUCCAGAAUUUGAAGAAAUUUUUAAGGAAAUUGAACAAGAUUAUCAAUUAUUUACAAAAGAAAGUUUAAUGAUCGUUGCAGAAAUGUUAAAUAUCGAUGUUGGAGAUGAUCCUGAAAACCUACCACCAACAACUAUUUUAAGACUGCUAACAGAGGAAGUUGAUUUAAACCAAUUGGAAAAUGGUCGAACAAAUUACUCUAAUAAUAAUAAUAAUAAUAAUACUAAUAACGAUGAUGAUGAUGAUGAUGAUGAUAGUGAUGACAUUAGAGAGGAAGUAGAUUAA